UGCUUCAUUGCCAUUUUUAGACACUUUUUUAGUGGACACUAAUUGAGGACUGCCCCCCUGAGAGCCCCCAAGUGAUACGGUCCUGCAUGGUGGGUUGUGAAUGGCCGGGUGAGCGCCAGUCUGUCUGUGUGUGCUGUGAGAUACACGGUCCAUCCUCCACACUCCAGGCCCAGUCUAUUUAUACAGUAGAUAACCUACGACACACAGCUGAGGGCAGGCCAGCUGGCAGUACAGAUAUGGGUUAUCAGUUGAUGGUGGCGUUGCUGCUCAGUGCUGGUGCAGUGCUGACUGAAACCUCCGAGUAUCGCAGUGUCAUUGAACGUGUUGUUUAUCAGUACCCCGGAAGAGUGCUGGGUGACUGGGAACUGCCAGAAUGUGGGGAAUACAGUGUGUGCAGUGUGAUGCGACUGCGGUUCUGGCGGGCACCCACCAUCCACCGCCUGUGUCGCUGCGUGCAGGGCAGGGAGUGUCCUUGGCAGUGGGGUCAGACACAUGACCACUUCAGUAUGGCACUGGAUAACCGUUCACAGCUCAAGUUCUGCCAGAGGGUGACAGAACUGCCCCGGUGCUCCCCGAAGCAGACUGGUAUUGUUGUCUCAUCACGUCAGAACGGCGAUGACGAGCAACUCGUAACCGAAGCUCAUUGUCACUGUCGCUGGCCUGCGUACUGGCAGCUGCACAAACACUUCUACCGCAACUACUUCAACGGCUCUAUCGUCAGUGAUAAUUACUUUCGUUGUGCCGAGUUGAUGAAAUGCAAACGGCACGACUUCUGUGGACAUGUGGUCACAGACACUUUCUCCACCUACUACCAGUGCUCCUGCCCUGUCGGCUCACUCUGUCUCAACCGUGACCGCACACAACGCAACGUCACCGAACUGCUCUACUACGGACCCACCUACCGCGCGUACUGCCUCCCCACAUCUCCAUCCACAGUCUGAUAUUACUCAGGCCCCAUGUCACAGCAGUUCCUAAUUAGUUGUUAGGACAUCAAUAUUUAUUUAUUAUUUUUAUGUCUAGUGUCAUGUUAAACCAUAAAAAAUUAUAUAUAUAUUCUGGAAA